AUGUAUAGUGAGAUUGGAUGGGUAUGGAAAGAUAGUACGGGGUCGACAAAGCUACUGGGGAUGCGGAACCUGAGGAGGAGGGAGUCAGCUUUACACUCGGAGCUGGAGGCUUUAAGAUGGGCAAUGGAAACAAUGUUGCAACACUCGGAUUGUCAGAGAUUUGGCACGGACUGCAAAGACCUGAUUGCAAUGCUGACGGAACCGCAAGCUUGGCCUACUUUCGCAACUGAAUUGGAGAUGAUUCAUACGAUCAAGUUAUGCUAUUCAGACUUCAAGAUUUUCUACGUACCAAGAACUGAAAAUAUGUUAGCUGAUUCUUUAGCUAGGAGUGCUCGUACUUUUCAUAGAUCUAUUUGCUACUUUGGUUGUUCUAUUCCGGUCUGGUUACACAGACCAUCUCAAGUUUGA